AUGCGCAAACUUGCCCUGCGCCCGAUGAUUGGCCGGAAGUUUCAUAGUGGGCGGGACCUUCAACACCAAACAAGAGGUCUCACUGCGACGCAUUUCCUUCGUCGCAUUAUUUCUCCAGGCUCCAUGUUCAGAGCGGUUGUGCUGGUGCUUGCCUGCCUGCUGCAGAGGAAACUAGUGACCACAGAGGGGCAUCGUGGGACCAACCGCCAUGUCUUCUAUGCAGUGCAAAUGGACGGAGGCAUCAAAGCCGCCAGAGCUCUAGCGGACCAGCACGGGCUGGAGUUCAUACAACGGGUUGGCAGCCUGGAGGAUGUGUACACCCUUAGAGACAGCAGGGGGCGCCCUGAUAGAGCCACCUUUGAGAACAGUCUUUCAAACACAGGAGGGGUUCACUGGGUGCAGAGGCAGCACAGUCAUUAUAGAGAUAAGAGGGUUCCUGUGUCAGGACUGGACCACAGGACCACUCACAGAUCCGGGAGGAGAGAGUCUACAACUGACAGGCAGCCUGGGGAGAAUAAGAGUGACCAGUCCCUCACCUUCAAUGACCCGCUCUGGCCCAUGCAGUGGGAACUGUUUGCACAGGGUGAGUACAACUCCGGCGGGUUUGACCUGAAUGUGAUGCCAGUUUGGAGGAACGACAUCACCGGUAAUGGAGUAGUGGUCAGCAUCAUUGACGAUGGGGUGGAUCACACAAACAAGGACCUGAAGAAAAAUUUUGAGGCCCUCGGAAGUUUUGACCUGCGUGCUUCACACGGUCUGUCCCAUGAUCCCAUGCCUGUCAGAGAUGAGGAGAAUAGUCACGGUACCCGAUGUGCAGGGGUAGUUGCCAUGGAGGCCAACAACUCCUACUGCGGUGUGGGCAUCGCCUUCAAUGCCAGGAUCGGAGGUAUCCGCUUGUUGGACGGCACUGUCACUGAUGCCAUGGAGGCCACAGCUCUGACCUUCAACAUCCACUUCAUCGACAUCUACGUCUGCAGUUGGGGCCCGCGGGACAACGGCGCCGAGAUGGACGGGCCGCACACCCUGACAGCGCAAGCCCUUCGGCUAGGAACUCACAAGGGCCGAGGUGGGAAGGGCAGCAUCUUUGUGUGGGCGUCAGGUAAUGGUGGAAUGCAGCGUGACCACUGCGGUGCAGAUGGUUAUGUUAACUCCAUCUACAACAUUGCCAUCGGCGCUGUCUCUCAAUUGGGGAAGCCCGCCUACUUCGGCGAGCCCUGCCCCGGUGUGAUGGCCGUCACUCUGACAGGAGCCAGCGUGGGAAGCUCACUACCUCUGGUCUCUGUGACCAACAUUGGUGGUGGCUGUGUCACACACUUUCCAGGAACAUCCAGUGCUGCUCCGACCGCUGCUGGGAUUCUGGCUCUUAUGUUAGAAGUAAAUCCCGAGCUGACGUGGAGGGAUGUUCAGCAUCUGAUCGCUAAGACAGCAAAGAUCCCCGACCCCAAAGAGCCUGGGUGGAGCAUCAACGGAGCAGGAUACCAUGUUCACCAUAGGUAUGGUUUUGGGUUGCUGGAUGCAGGGCUGAUGGUGCAGCAAGCCAUGCACUUUAACACUGUUGCCCCACAGAGGAAGUGCACGCAAGAAGUUACAGUCCAUCCUAUCAGGAUCAUUUCUCCAGGAGGCACUGUCAAAGUGAACAUCCAGUCAGAGGCCUGCCAUGGGAGGACUAAUGAGAUCAACACUCUGGAGCACGUUCAGGUGAGAGUGAGCAUCAGCACCGUGUGUCGCGGUGACCUCUCCAUAAGCCUGGAAUCUCCAGCCAACACUGUGUCAAUGCUGUUGGACACACGGCCCAACGACGCCUCCACUGCUGGCCUGAAAAACUGGACCCUGAUGACGGUGCACUGCUGGGGGGAGCAGCCACGAGGCCUCUGGACCAUCAAGGUGACUGACCACAAAGGCACAGUGAGGAGCUGUACGAGGUCGAGUGACAAGGAAGCAUCCGGAGCCUUGCUCAGCAUUCAGCUCAUCCUCUACGGCACCUACCACCCACACAGGACCACACACGAGGAACCCCUGCAGAGCAUUGUGUCCAUGGGGUCGCGUCACCCCGUCCCUCACAGGGAGGUGUAUCAGAGGGACCGUUACCCACCUCUCGACCUGAUUCAAUGGGUCUACCAAAUGGAAAGAGACAGGAAGGUACAGGCUGCUGAUAUCACUGUUCCGGCCAGACGCAAGAUGUCGAAGAUUUCUGGAGACUUAGCAUUGGAUAAACAGACAGGCAACAAGCCCCCGGCGUCCAGUAUGGCUUUCCAGUUACAGCAGACAGAUGUUGUACAGAAGUCCUCCACGGGGUCAAGACGUUCUGCUGUGCAGGAGCUUCAUGAGCCAAAGACCAUCAGGGACAAAGUGGACAGAGUGCACAGGCCCUUACCAUCACAGGUUCUCCAGGAUGUUGUCAACAGGCAGACUCGUCAGAUCCAGGAGGAGGAGAAAGUGUGAGCAGAGAGUCAGGAGAAGGGACAGGGCAUCGGGCAGGAAACUGAAGAAAAAAAAUAUGAACCACGGGGAGGUGUAGCGUUAGGUUGGUAAUCUGCUUUAAAUGCUUUCUGGGGAAUGAGACACGCUGAAACCCAGCCAAGAGAACUCUGCUAUCGUGAAGAGCUUUCUCUUAAUACAGCACACAGAGGGGACUGACUGACUGAGGCUGCGGCGCCGAUGCCAACGGGGACGAGCUAGUGAGCUACACGCCCCACGCCACUUGUUGGAAUAUAUGACUGUAUGAAUAAUGAAAGAGGAAGAGGAAAGUGAUAUUGCUAAAGCAGUCCCACAAUGACAUCCAUCACAGAAAUGGCUCAUUGCUCUUCUUCCUCUGUUUCCUCCUGCAAAAACUCCCCAAGUUGUGUCUCUUUGGAGGAGCUAACCAAAGCUCAGCUCUGUGCCUGCAUGAGCUGAUUUAGAGGUGAACUCCUAAACCAAAAGAGAGAGAAAGAUAAAGAGACAGAAAGAGAGAAAGACAGAGGGAAGGGGACAGAAAGAGAGGUAAUCCUCCCUUUUUUCUGCUCCCCAGGGUGGUCUCUUCAUCCAGGGCCUCAAAGAGGGGCAGAAUACACCUCCCCGCUACAAUGGAGGGGACCCACAGGGGCUGUUGCUAUCUGAGUGUGUGCGAGUCUAUGUGUGUGUGUGUGUGGGUGCAGCUUUAAGCAGGCCUUUGAGUGGCCUAAUUGCAUUGGAAUACAGCAGUCUGAGAGCUGGCUCAGAUCACGGCGGGCUGCUGGAGGGGUUAGCGCCCGCACCUCGACAGCCACACUCAGCAAAAGAGCCCCGGCACAAUGCACACAAUUAAUGCUCUCCCUCUCGUUAACUCUCUCCCCACUUUUUGUCCUCUUCUACUUUUCUCUCAUUCUCCUCCUUCUCACCCCGUAUCUUACUCUCUCUCCUCUCCUCUCUCUUGUUCCUCCCUCCCGACCCAGUGUGUAGUCACUCACCCACUGUAUUAAUCCUCCCAUACAGCCUGUCAAUCUCCCUCUCUUUGAUGCACACAACAAUUACAGUAAGGAUGAAAGGCGUGGGUCGGCUCCCGUUAUGUAAGACUUGAAACGAGCCUUGACGAGAAUUAUUGAUAUCUGAACAGCUAAUCUGAAAUAAAACCUCGACAACAUGACAUCUCUGUUAUUACUUUGCGGCAAUUGAUCUGCACUUGAUUAAAAAGUAUUGAAUGUUUAGUCUUUUACUGUAUACUCCACGAUGCAAGUUACUUUGUUAUAACCCAGGAUAUCUUUAAUUUCGAAAAUACAAUCGUGUUUAUUAAAGAAAAUUGGUUCUGAUUUUGUAUCUGGUCUGGUAUGAGCCAAACAAGUCAAAGUUGUGGCAGGUGGUAGAAGCCAAGCAAAGAAAUACUCAAUUAGUGAUGAUUGUUCCCUUAAGACAAGACUGUAAUAAACCAAUAAUGCUCCAACAGGGACUAUUUUAUGUCUUUGUGGCACUAAAUGCUAAAUUGGUAAACAUCUUACUGUACCUCAUUGGAUUAUAUCUCCAAUUGUAAUAGUCCUGAUAUCAUAACAGUAUUCAAUAGGAGCACAUACAUAGUUAGAGGUGAAACAAUUAGUUGAUUGACAGGUAAUUUAUAUGCAAGUCUUUUUAGGUAAAAAAAAAAAAACAAGCCUCCCAAAUGUGUAAAAAUUUGCUGGGUUUUUUUUUCAACUUCUAUGAUAAUAAACUGAAUAUUUUUGGGUUUUGGACUGUUGGUUUGACAAAACAAGCAGUUUAAAGAUCCCCUCCAGACAUGUUUUAAACACAAAAAUAUUGCUCGGAAUAAUAAUUUGUGUCCCAUAUGGUUUUUACAAACACACAAAAACAAACACAAAAAUUGAAAUACUUAAUAAAAUUACGUCUACUCCUUCAUCAUUGGAAAAGUAUCUAUGAAUAUGUAAAUGCGCUUUAUUUACACACUUUAACUAUUAGACACAAGAUGUCUCCUAUCUACUGAAAAGUCCGUUCUCAGUGUAUGUACAUUGGAGGCUCCAGUUUCCACAUCGCACUUGUAAAUUUGGAACAUGAUUGGCUCCAGACUAGUUGUGAUGUCACAAAAUCCUGCUGGUACACUCAGGUGUUACACUGAAGAUGAGUUCAGAGAAACGUCUCUACAGCAGAUGAACUUUAAAACAGCUUGCUAGUGUCACACUCGGCACAGUCAAGCUCCAACAUCACAGUCAAGUAACAAUAAGCAAAACAAAUUUUUAACUGGAGGGGGACUUUAAAUAUGUCAUCUUGGGUUCUAGGAAAUUGUGACUGGCAAAUUUCACUGGUUAUAUGACAAAAAUGAUUAGUUGCAGCCUUACCUACAGUAAUGUUGUAUAGCAUUGUUGUAAAGUUAUCACACAUGUGCUAUAUCUCCGUAAGAAGGAGUUGAGACCACAAGUUACUGUAUAUUCCUCCUCCUGUAGACAGUGGCCAGUUUAUUAAAUAGGUUAAUAUAGUCACACAGAUGGAUCCCAGCCUCUUUCCCUCCAGUUUGGACUCAACUGUCCUUGUCUUUAAAUGGGGCUCAGUGGACUGUGUGUGUGGAACAACCAAUGAUUUUAAAAACAUAUCAUAUUUAACCAGCCCCUCCUUUGAUUUUCUUUAUUACACGAGCCGUGUCUUAAUAAAAUCUAAUUAUUUCCGCUCACAGGACGCUUUCUGGUGAGAAAUUGGCAGAGGGAUGUGAGCUGAUGUAUGGGGAGACAGUCGCCUAAUUAGAGCGUUAGAAAUUGAAUCUUUACAGCACAUGGGUCAUAUAAUUAUCCUACUGUUAAUUUAACGCUUACAUUCUCUGCUGUUCAUUUUUAUUCCCUUAAACGUAGUUUGGCAGCGGCCCUCGCUGCUCUGCGCUGUGUUUUUACUGUAUGAGAGGAGGUAGCAUGGCCCCUAACAUUGGCCCCUCUGAGUGAUUGAAUAACUGAGGACCCUGCAGUCCAAAUAACAAGGCUCGCAUCAUUUAUGCAUUGUUAAGCCAUGUAAUUGAAACGAGCCAUAGUUUGCAUAUUACACCAUUAAAAUAAUGUGCUUUGCGUUUCUCCCAACACGACUAUUUAAGCCUGUGUGGCGAUGUGGUAAUUCCUUGAAUUACAGCCUAAUUACCACAAUGUUCUUUUGAUUUGGCCGAUUUCAAUGUUACGCCACAAUAAUGUUCAAUAUUACCAGAAUGAAUUACUGAGCCGUGCCUGGAAACUUUUCCUCGUAUGACUUAAAUCCUGGCAGCUUCAUGUGCUAUCAGUGCAGCUGGAUUCACAUCCAUAAAGGAUUAUUAGCCUAUGAAAUGAGACCCAUUAAAGGCCCAAUCAGUAAUACUUAAUUGAAGAGCUCGAGUUAUACAUGGAGCAUUUUGUGUUCGACUGAUCAUCAUAGGCCUGCGUUAUAUCACUGUUUACAGAUAUUAUUAAUGUAAACAGACCAACAAGAUCAAAAAACAUCACAGACUGCUAAUUACUGUUUAUCCUUGCAAAAGUGAUUUUUCUAAUAAUUACAAGUCAUAACAAUUUCUAAUUGUAUUUGAAAUAUUACUACAUUUUGAUUGCACAUUGUGUCUUUAAAGGAUGAAUAUAACAAACUAUGCAUCAGAUAUACAACUUUGUGUCCCUAAAUUUAUUUCAUCAUUAUCACAUUUUAUAUUUCAUUCAUCUUUGUAACAUCAGAGAUUAACAAUGUGUAUUUUGGCCACUAAAGCAGCAUCAAGACAAAGGAAAAGCUGAAGAACAACUUAAAUCAGUGUACACCAAUUCAGGUCAUAUAAAGCAGGGAACAGAGAACAUUUUAUAAUUAGCACUUGCCCUUUGUUGCAUGUCCCUGUAUUGUUCUCAGACCUCAGUCUACACACAUGACAUGUGUCUUUGUGUGAACUUUUCGAAUAAAUUAACAUUGCUAAGAAUGAUUUGUGAGAGUGCAUAUUCACCGUGUGGACUUUUCUGUUUUUACUGCACAGUUUGAAUUUUUUUUUUUUUUUUUUGCUGAAAAUAUUUCUUUGAUAAUUGCUUUUUUAUUGCCUUUUAAUUUUACUGCUCGGUCCAAGUUAUUAAAUAAAAUGUUUAAUUACAGUUUCAGUCAUUUGCAUAGUUUAGAAGUUAUAAAUUGUGGAUAUUGAAGAACUGUCUCCAUUGAUUUAUAGGUUUAAUUUGUGGCCAGUAUGUAUUACUUAAUUUCUGGUGGAUUGAAUUGUUAUAGGCCAUAGACCGACCAAAAGUGCUUUUUAAUUGCAUCUGUACAGUAGGAGUUAUUAAUGUUUUCUGCUGUUCAAAAUUAAGGAGCUGCUUCAGAAGUUAGCAAGUUGAAACAUACUUCUGCCAAACAACAUUUUUGAAGUUCUGUUUGUAAUUUCUUUUUUUCACACAGUUUGCUUUAUCUCACUGCAGUGUGAGGAGCAGCUUUGAGGACAGACAUAAUCUCUCAUCUUUUUCACUUCUUCUAGUCCUUUCUCCCUCUCAAGGCCCUGUGCUCUUUACCCCUCCCUCCUUUAUCCCUGCGAAGGCUUUGUCCCCGCAGCAGAGAGCCUCUCUAAAUAGAGGCCUUUAGAUAGUCCAGGAACAGGGAGGGGGGGCAGCAGCGACGCGACUGCUGUUGUUUCAUUUACCUCUCCCUAUGGCAACCAGCAGCGGUCGGCCAGGAAUGUCCCCUCUCUGGACAAAGUCCUGGUCCCUGAAGCUGACACUGGGGGGACGACAGCUGGGACGGGAUGGAAACCUGCCCUCCCUGCCCUGGACUGGAGGCCUGAGUCUGGACUUAAUCCUCCUCUUCACUUGUGUCUUUUCUCACUUUUGCUGGAUGAUGAGCAGCCAGAGAAGCUUUUCACACACUAUUAACUCUAAAAUAGUUGUAUAUAGGACCAGAAAAUAAUUUCAGAAUCUCUUUUGGAUGUAAAGAAUCCUAAAGGGUUUUCAAUACUGCUGAACCACCCACUAAGACCCUUUACAGUGCUGUAAACAACCAUUUAGGAGCACAUGAAAUGCUUCAAACUACAUGUGUUAAAGGAGCAUUUUGGGAACCAUAUAAAUGGUGUUUUUCAAUCUUUAAAAAAAAAAAAUCUUUUAAGUCAUUCAAGCUAUAUAUAGAACCUCAAAUCCAGCCUGUGUGUAGGCCACUCCUCCCUGUGCAGGCUUGUUAAUUCACUUUACAGCCUGGCAGAAUACAAAAGUGGAUUUGUUUACUUUAUGGGCUGUUAAAAGUUUUUCAGUCAGGACAUAUGAAAGAUGUCUACAUUUACAAGACUUCACUGAGAGAAAUGUACUAACUUACACUUUUAUAAACACUGAUGAAUGCUGGUAAAAUUACAGGAUACUGUCAUUAAUAGUGGUUAAAAUAGGUUGCAGGAACAUAAUGGACUCCAAUGGUCAUUGUUUUUUAAAUGAAACAUGUCAAUUUAAACUGUUAUAAAACUUACUUGGAUGCUGCGAGGACAGAUAAGAGAAGACUAUAAGUCAACAUAUGAGGUCCAGCACUGUCCAGUUUACUCACAGUUUGAUCCAAUUUAUUCACGUUUUAUUACAAGAAAGAUUUUUACCUAAUAAAAUUGAUUUGCUUGAAAAGUGCCUGAGCUUUUUUCCUUUGUAAGAUAUCUCGAUUUAGAAAGCACACUAGUUGUAUUAUUGAUGUAUUUCUCCUGCAACACACCACCUCACAUCUCAAUAACAAAGUGAACUUCACAGGACACUAUGUGCUUUAUCUGCCUGUUGUCUUAAAACCGGUUUGAAUAAAUUAGAUUUCAGACUAUUUACUUUGUUCCACAAGUGCAUGAGCUUCAAACUUCAAUGUCUAAAUUAUGCUAUUUUAAUUUCAAACUAAUGGUUGAGUGAUGGAGUAUGUAAAGAUGAUCAAUACUCAGUAUAUUCUCUCAUACACACACACACACACACACACACACACAUAUAACGCUGCAUAAGUAACAUAUUAAUAUGCAUACACCUACAGCGUCUUAGCAGUAAUCUUGCAACACUGCAGCACUCAUAAAAACAUUAAACUGCAUUUUUCUGUUAUUAUAGGCCUCGUCUAUGAAUAUGCAGAUUAUAUAUAUGCCUGUCAUUUGAAAUCUAUCAGCCUUUGCUGCAAUAAAAAGGUUUACAUCGCCUAAUCAAAAUAGGAUUUUACACACUCGUUUCCAUAACAUUUAGUAUCAUAAAUGUGCGCAGAAUUACAGUCAACAAUUAACAGCAAAAUUUAAAGUCUACCUCAGUAAACAGUUAUAUAUCCUACACACAAGCUUAUUUAAUCUUCCCAUUAAGGGGAAGCUGGUCUCUGGAUCUAGGCUACCCUCAGCCUGAGUCUUCACACAACAUGAUUAUCAAAGUAAAUCAACUGUA